UGCGCCCCGGCGAUCCAUUCUUGUCCCGCAGGCAGCAUUCCGGGCGGAGAGAGUGAGAGAAAGACACCGGAGCUUUGAGGCCGCACACUUUCACGUUUCACUGCCGCAAAACAGGAGCCGUGAGUCCGGAGCCGCGGCCUCGGUCCAGCAGGAUAUGGGCUCUCCAGGCCAAAUACCACGGCAAGACAUGGAUCUCUGAGCUGCUCUGUUACAUCCAUCUCCAUUUGCUGCCUUGCGUUCUGCUUGCCUAAACCACCUCCUCUGCCCCUGCUGAAGCGGUUUGGCUCAGACUCCUUUCAGAAAAGAAGAGGGGGGAAAAAUAAAACCCAAGUGGGAGGGCGUAGUAAACUUUCCCCAGCUGCCGUGCAGACACACACAUGCUGCAUUACUGCCAUUCCCCAAGCCCUGCUCCAUCCAUCCCUAGGGCACGGCCACUAGCCUGCUAGCGAGCUAGCACUUGGCACAAAAAGAAGGCCUGUCCUCGGGUGUAAAGAAAAAUACAAACAGACUGUGUACACUUGGCCCUUCCUUUCUUUCUCCCUUUGCCAGUCAGCCAGGCACAUUCCCACCAACUGGGGCUCCUUUAGUUUAGCUGUCAUUCCCGCUGCUCUGAGCAGUGGAGGAUUGUUAGUCGACAGCCAGUCGGUCAUUCGGUCGUUCAGCGAGGCGGACUGAGGAAGCCGCAGGGGUUAUUUUAUCAGAGGCCAGGAUGACGGAACCCAGCAUGGAGAACUGCCUGGCCCUGGUCCUGCAGAAGGAUGUGGGCCGACGGCUGCAGGUGGGACAGGAGAUCAUAGAUUACAUUUUGGACAAGGAGAAAUCUCACGACCUGGAGCAGGAUCAGACGGCGCUGGACAAGAUGGUCGACGGCAUCGCCAGCUCCUGGGUCAACUCCAGCCACUUUAAGGUGGCUCUGCUCGGCUUGGACCUGUUAUCUGCCUUCGUGACGAGGUUACAGGAGCGGUUCAAGGCCCAGGUGGGAACAGUCCUGCCCAGCCUCAUUGAUCGUCUGGGAGAUGCCAAAGACCAAGUGCGAGACCAGGACCAAACAGUGCUGCUAAAGAUCAUGGAGCAAGCUGCCACCCCACAGUACGUAUGGGACAGGAUGCUGGGAGGCUUCAAACACAAGAACAACAGGACCAGAGAAGGAGUGUGCCUUUGCCUCAUCGCCACACUGAACACAUAUGGAGCUCAAGGCCUGACCCUCAGUAAAAUUGUUCCCCACAUAUGUAAUCUUUUGGGGGACCCCACAAGUCAGGUGCGUGAUGGAGCCAUGAACUCCUUGGUGGCGAUCUACAAACACGUGGGUGAGAGGGUGAGGAUGGAUCUCAGCAAAAAGGGCCUGCCGCAGUCACGGUUGAAUGUAAUCUUCAGCAAAUUCGAUGAAGUCCAAAGAUCCGGGAACAUGAUUUCAUCUUCUGGCUCAGAUAAGAACUUCGAGGAUGAGGACUCUGUGGAUGGAGGCCGGUCCUCCUCCUCCGCCUCCUCAAAAGCACCCCCCAGUGGCAGGAGGACUGUAAUAAGCUCUGUUAGAAGACCCAGCUCAGCCACCACUACUAAGCCCACAGGGAAAGAAGCAGCAGCUGGUGCAGUUGAUGAAGAGGAUUUCAUCAAGGCCUUCGAAGACGUGCCCUCUGUUCAGAUCUACUCUAACAGAGAGUUCGAGGACCAGCUGAGCAAGAUCAGAGAAGUGCUGAACGAUGACAAACACGACUGGGAGCACCGAGUGUUGGCGCUGAAGAAGGUGCGUUCGCUCAUAUUCGCCGGCGCCAUUGAAUACGAGGGAUUCGCUCAGCAGCUGCGUCUCCUUGAGGCUCCUCUCAAGAUGUCAGCUAAAGACCUGCGCUCUCAGGUGGUCCGCGAGGCCUGCAUCACACUGGGACAUUUGUCCUCACUUCUGGGAAACAAGUUUGACCACGGAGCAGAGAGCAUCAUGCCCACGCUGCUGAACCUCGUGCCCAACAGCGCCAAAGUCAUGGCCACGUCCGGGGUGGUCACCAUCCGCCUCAUCCUCAGGAACACACACUACCCACGUCUCAUUCCCAUCAUAACCAGUAACUGCGCCGCCAAAUCAGUGGCAGUAAGACGACGCUGCUUUGAGUUCUUGGACCUCAUGUUACAAGAGUGGCACACCAAUACACUGGAGAGACAUGUGGCUGUUCUUACUGAGACCCUCAAGAAAGGAAUUCACGAUGCCGACUCUGAGGCCAGAUCCAUUGCUAGAAAGUGCUACUGGGGUUUCCAUGCUCACUACAGCCGGGAGGCAGAGCAUCUGUUCCAGGCGCUCGAGUCCCCCUAUCAGAAGGCCCUCCAGUCUCACCUGAAGAGCUCGGACAGCAUCGUGUCUCUACCCCAGUCCGACCGAUCCUCAUCCUCUUCCCAAGAGAGUCUGAACCGGCCUUUGUCUGUGAAGAGUGUCAUCGGAGCGAGCAUGACAAGGAGUAAGCUGGUGAGCGCCAGGGUGUCCACCACACCGGGUUCCCUCCAGCGUUCACGCAGCGACAUCGACGUAAACGCAGCCUCCAGCGCCAAGUCACGCCUGUCCACCGUCCCCGCUGCCUCCUCACCAUUCAGCUCUGCAGCCGCCCUUCCUCCAGGGUCCUACGCCUCAUUAGAUGGCACUCCUGGUAAAAGUGAUGGUCGUGUUCGUACCAGGAGACAAAGCUCCGGCAGCGUGGGUGGAGCCAAUACUUCAGUGGUGGACAGCAGGGGGCGAAGUCGAGCCAAAGUGGUCUCCCAGUCCCAGCGAUCCAGAUCAGCCAAUCCCAUCAGUGCUGGCAGUCGCUCCAGCUCCCCAGGCAAGCUGCUCGGCCACAGCAGCUAUGGCCGGAUCCCUCGAACCACGGUGUCGGCCUCCACCACGCCGGCCGACAAGCGCACCAGGAUCCCUCGAAGCCAGGGCUGCAGCCGAGAGACGAGUCCCAGCCGACUGGGUCUGGCCAGCCUGUGUGGUAAAGCUCUUCUUCCUGCUGCUCUUCCCUACCGCACGCUAGCCCGGAGCCGCAUUCCCCGUCCCAGCAUGAGUCAAGGUUGUAGUCGCGACACCAGUCGCGAGAGCAGCCGCGACACCAGCCCUGCUCGGGGCUUCGGCCCUAUGGCUUCCCGACGUCACUCCCGUUCAACCAGCGCUCUCUCCACAUCCGACCCCCACGGCCAGUCAGACCGUUACGGUUUGAUUCAUCAAGCAAGAAUCUCUGCAUCAGUCAACGCCAUGAGGGUCCUUAAUACCGGCACCGAGGUGGAGGCAGCGGUUGCUGAUGCUCUGCUAUUAGGAGACUCCCGGAAUAAGAGGAAGCCACUGAGGCGGAGGUACGAGUCACCGGGGAUGUACUCUGACGAUGACGCCAACAGCGAUGCGUCCAGCGCCUGCUCCGAGCGCUCGUACGGGUCUCGAAACGGAGGUAUACCUCAUUACCUGCGCCAGACAGAGGACGUCGCAGAGGUCCUCAACCACUGCGCCAGCUCCAACUGGUCCGAGAGGAAGGAGGGACUGCUGGGUCUGCAGAAUCUCCUCAAGAGCCAAAGAAUACUGAGUCGAGUGGAGCUGAAGAGACUUUGUGAGAUCUUCACAAGGAUGUUUGCAGAUCCACACAGCAAGAGAGUGUUCAGCAUGUUUCUGGAGACGCUAGUGGACUUCGUCACCGUGCACAGGGAGGACCUGCAGGACUGGCUGUUUGUCCUGCUCACUCAGCUGCUGAAGAAAAUGGGGGCAGACCUGCUCGGCUCCGUCCAGGCCAAAGUCCAGAAGGCCCUGGACAUCACAAGGGAGUCUUUCCCGUUCGACCAACAGUUCAACAUCCUGAUGAGGUUCAUCGUCGAUCAGACUCAGACGCCAAACCUCAAGGUAAAAGUGGCCAUUCUGAAGUACAUCGAGUCCCUGGGUCGACACAUGGACCCGACGGACUUUGUCAACUCCAGCGAGACGCGCUUGGCGGUGUCUCGCAUCAUCACCUGGACGACUGAACCCAAGAGCUCUGACGUCAGGAAGACCCUUCAUAGCUGGGUGAGCGAGGAACUAGCUGGCAGGUCCAGUACUGCAGCCUUACUGUCCACCGAGGGCAACCAGGAAGAAAGGUGUAAGCAGGCAGCGCAGGUGGUCCUGAUCUCCUUGUUUGAGCUCAACACCCCCGAGUUCACCAUGCUGCUGGGGGCUCUGCCCAAAACCUUCCAGGACGGAGCCACCAAGCUGCUCCACAACCACCUGAAGAACUCCAGCAACACCAGCAGCAACGUGGGCUCACCGAGCAACACCAUUGGUCGGACGCCGCCACGCCACACCCCCAGCAGGACCAGCCCCCUCACCUCUCCGACAAACUGCUCCCACGGCGGACUGUCUCCAAGUCGGUUAUGGGGUUGGGGUGUCGACGGCCUGUCAAAGCACCCCCCUGCUCCUGCUCCUGCUCCUGCUCCUCCUCCUCCUCCUCAGCCUCACUCCGCCCCUGCUGCCCCCUCCCUCAGGGUCCUGCGCAGAGCAUAUUCACCCAGUAUGAUGGAGUAUGACACUGAGAACAUGAACUCGGAGGAGAUCUACAGCUCGCUCCGUGGUGUCACUGAGGCCAUUCAGAGCUUCAGCUACCGGAGCCAGGAGGACCUGAAUGAGCCAAUCAGACGGGAGGGCAAGAGGGACGACGCUGCCGGGCGAGAAGGAGUAGCGUCGUCCCCUGGCUCUGACGCUCGCUUGGGCUUGGACGUGGUGGAAGGAGGUCGCACUGCCUUGGAUAACAAAACCUCUCUGCUCAACACGCCCUCGCCUCGCUCGUUCUCCGGGCCGCGCGGCCGCGAGUUUGCUCCUUAUGGCUACGGCGAUAGCAUCUGUACCUAUGACAAGAGCGCCUUGAAGGAGGCCGUCUUCGACGAUGACGUGGAGCAGUUCCGCGACUGCCGACGUCAGGAAAGUGGUGAAAACAAGAUGACGCUCCCCAAGGUCUUUGCUCCCGUCGGUCAGGACCACUCUGACCUCGUAGCCGACCUUCUCAAGGAGCUGUCCAAUCACAACGAGCGUUCAGAGGAGCGUAAAGGUGCCCUGGUGGAGCUGCUGAAGAUCACCCGAGAAGACAGCCCGUCCGUGUGGGACGAGCACUUUAAAACCAUCCUGCUCCUCCUGCUGGAGACGCUGAGUGAUAAAGAUCACACCAUCCGAGCCAUGGCCCUGCGCGUGCUCAAAGAAAUCCUGAAGAAUCAGCCGGCUCGCUUCAAAAACUAUGCGGAGCUGACGAUCAUGAAGACUCUGGAGGCGCACAAGGACUCGCACAAGGAGGUGGUGCGUGCAGCUGAGGAGGCUGCCACCACCCUGGCCGGUUCCAUCCACCCGGAGCAAUGCAUCAAGGUCCUGUGCCCUAUUGUCCAGACGGCCGACUACCCCAUCAACUUGGCUGCCAUCAAAAUGCAAACUAAAGUCAUCGAACGCAUCACCAAGGACUCACUAGUGACGCUGCUGCCCGACAUCAUCCCCGGACUCCUGCAGGGCUAUGACAACACAGAGAGCAGCGUACGCAAGGCCAGCGUGUUCUGUCUGGUGGCGAUCUACUCUGUGAUUGGCGAGGACCUCAAACCCCAUCUGGCUCAACUCACGGGCAGCAAGAUGAAGCUACUGAACCUGUACAUCAAGCGAGCCCAGACGACCAACAGCAAUAGCAGCAGCUCCUCUGACGUCUCCUCUCACAGCUAAUGGAGCGGGGGGGGGGUUUCAUCUGGAAACGGCGUGGAUGGACGUGGGCGUGGCCGUGCUUCUCUCAGACUUCUCCGUGUCUGAGCUUCCCCCUCCUCCUCCUCUUCCUCCUCCUCCUCCUCCUCCUCCUCAUCACAACGCUCCACUGCGCUUCUCUCCUGUUUCGAGGGGCUGCCGUCAACCUGUGUGUCCACCCCCCCCCCCCUGCUCUAAAUACUUGUGAAUGUAACUCCGGGCCGGUUGUAGACUCAACGCGUUAAGAGUCUUGUGGACGUGGGGAAACGCGUCACGGCUCCCACGACCUCCACUCUGCCUUUUGUCAAAGUGAUCCCCUUCCUCCCUGAGCCCUCAGAUUUGGUAGCAGACGGAGUUCGUUCACGUCAGAGGAGACAAACGUGUCUGAGAAUCGGUUUCUAAACAAUUAGGGAUGAAGUGUCAUUUGGCUGGCCCAAUGAUGGUAACACGCCUCCAGGCUGGGGGGUGAAUUCUGGUUUGGGAGCAUGAAAACCAAAUAUUACACGAAAAUGUGCAAGGGAACAAUGUGACAUAAAAAGAAAGUACUGUAUAAUCAUAUUAAGUUAAUGUUUUAAGUUAAUGAUCUGGCUUCAUAGAAGCCUGUGCUUUGAUUGUAGUCUUUUUCAUGUUGGUUUAUAAUUAAGAGUGGCUCAUUCGAUUGAAUCCCCCUUUGACAAAAGUAAAGGUACCGCUGAAAGGAAACUUUUCAGCUAGAGAAGUGACUCCUUCAAACGUUGUGCACGUCUUUACGUUGAGCUGGAGAAGAUGAGAUUUGCCGUUGAAGUGCACCUUUUAAAAAAAUUUGAAGUGAAAUUCCCACUCAGCAGUCGAGGUUUGACCCGGGGGAAGUUGUGUUUCCUGUGUUUUCCCUCUGAACUCUCUGCAUUAAAGCGUGGAACCGGAGCUUUUAACAAACCAGCGACACCUACAUCCCGGCUGCUGCUCGGGACCACGUGCGCUGAGUGACUGUCUGAAGAGGACGGCCUUUGUAAAUACUACAAGCUGAGCGAGAGAGAGAGACUGUCAUGAAGACAUUUCCAGGCCUUAUUCACUUCACACGCGACUGGGGCUGCAGAGCGUGACUGGGACGUGCAGCACUGGAGCUCCUUGCUCAAACAAUGUGAAUCUGCAGGAGAAACGGACCCUGGUGGAGUUUUUGCCGAAGAAGCAAACCCAGUAUUAGUUGUUGUUGCUCCCCGACAUGUAGCCACAGCUUCUGCAAUAACCCUCAACACACACACACAUAAAGGUAUUUUGUACAUAUACACUUUUUUCACCACUGCUUCGCAAAACAAUUUUACAAAAAGUCAGUAAAAAGUGAAACAGGCCGACGGUCCGGACUUUUUCUGCACGUUAGCAAAUUUAGCUCGCAUGGAAUCUGCAGCACUAUUUGUCGGCGUUGUGCGAUUUUUUGCAGGGCCCAGGUUGUCGGCUGUUUAAAGUGCACUUGUAACAUCCCCAGGUUACUCAUCUCUAGCGUUUCGGAGGAGGUCGUGUGGAAGAAGGUACAAAGUGGAUCCAGCAUCUGUUGACCACAACACGUGUUUGGUAGAAUUGAGUCGGUAGAUGUUGAGGAAAUCGUACCUCCGAGCACGAUUGUGUGUUUUAUCUUAUCAGCUCUAAGGCUGAGCUUUAAAAUGUUGAUGAUUGGUGGCGAGGAAGAGUUUCCUCUUUUGAUCAGAUAUUUAUUAUUGGGUAUGAUUUGGUUGAUCAUGGUACAGUUCAUCUGCUGUAGACAAGGAUCAGACUGCUACUGCUUUUUGUUUUUUAAUUCUCAUUUGCUGACUUCUAGCAAAUCAAUGAUGAUGAUGAUGAUAAUAAGAAUGAAUAUUAAUAAGAUGUUCACUUUGACACACGCUGAGAGAAGUGGCCAAUUCUGCUUAUCUUAAGUAAAUGAAUGUACAGAAUCUGCAUAUGUUAUGAUUUGCUUUAUGAGUAUUGGUACUGAAAGUAUACAACAAUUUGCCUGCUUGACUUUCACCGAAAUCCCCUCGACGGUCUCCCCCCGGUAAUCGGCCGAGCUUUUGCAAAUCGAGGGUAAAGUCCAGCGAACCUCCGGCGUCUCGCGUUCUCACACAGCUGCUCCCAGAAACAGCCAAGAUGCUCUUCCCCUCGCAAACUGUUCACUAUGCAUGUUCUGCAGUACACUGUCUUUCUUUUGUCAUGUAAUAUUCAUACCUGUAUUUAUAUAUUUUAUCUUAUUUUAUUUUAUUCUCAUGAUAAACUGUACAGAAUGUUUUUUUUGUUUUGUUUUGUUGUUUUUGUUAAAAUACACCUGUGAUAGAUUUGCAACGAUAUAAAGAAACUGUUUGCUCUCGAAAAAUAAAACCAACUCAGAGCUCA